UCAGACAAAAGUCAAUAAAAAAAUAAAUAAAACAAUAAUAAAGAAAUGGAGGUAGAAAAAAUGCGCGAGCAGCCACCGCUGCAAAGCAAAUGCCGCAUCCUUGACUCCAGAUGUGCGCUGAACGAUUUAUAUCCGAUCACCCGCUUGACACAGAAAUUGGACGUGCUUAAUAUGUCGUCGUCGUCAAAAAUUGAUAAGGAAUGCCCCUAUACUAUAGAGCCGGUCCAGCCAGAAGACACAGAGGCAGUCCUUGCCAUGUUAAAGACUUUUUUCUUUAAGGACGAGCCACUCAAUACAUAUCUAGAUCUCGGCGAAUGCAAAGACCUAGAAGAGUACUCAAUGAAACCUAUCAAGGAUAAUUGCUCAUAUAAAGCAGUCAACAAUAAGGGCGAAAUUAUCGGUGUCUAUAUCAAUGGUCUAAUUAAAAGACCUUCCCCCACAGAUACCGCUAAGAAGUCAACCUGUUCACAUCCGAAAUUCCAAAAGAUACUCAGUCUAAUGGAUCAUGUAGAGGAGAAUUUUAACAUCUUUGAUCUGUAUCCGAAUGAGGAUGUCAUCCUGGAUGGCAAAAUUCUCUCUGUGGACAGCAACUACCGGGGUCUGGGCAUUGCGGGCCGCCUCACCGAACGCGCCUAUGAGUAUAUGCGCUCCAAUAAGAUAUCCGUUUAUCACGUGAUUUGCUCCAGUCAAUAUUCGGCCCGUGUCAUGGAGAAACUGGGCUUCCAUGAGGUUUACAAACUGAACUAUGCCGACUACAAAGUAGAUGGUGAAACAGUCUUUAAGCCAGCCCAGCCACAUGUGGCUAUCCGGGUACUGGUCAAGGAGGUGGACAAAAGCAAAUCGACCUUGUAAUUGGCUUCAACUAGUUGCGAGAGCAAUUUUGCAUUUUUAAUCAAAAAUAUGUGAUUUUU